AUGAAGAAUCUAUGCCUGAAUGAUGCUUCCUUUAAAGAAUUGGUGCCUCUUGAAAGGCUUGCUCAUAUUGAAAGCUUAGGUGUUGUCCCACAGCUGAAAAGCUUGAAGUUAACAGAUCUACCAGAUCUUGAGAACAUUGGCUUCGAAAGAGACCCAAUUCUUCAAAGGAUAGAGACAUUGGUUUUUCAAAAUUGCCCGAGUUUGAAAACCAUAGCACCUUCUAAUGUAUUUUUCUCUCACUUGACAAAACUUGAAGUGGUUGACUGUAACGGAUUAAAAUAUUUAAUGUCACCAUCAACUGCUAGAAGCUUGGGUCAACUCAACACCAUGAAGGUAAUUAAUUGUGAAUCUCUUGAGGAAAUUGUAUCAGAGGAAGGACAAGAAGAUAAUAAAGACAAAGAUGACAUCAUUUUCAAACAAUUGACGACAAUUGAACUUGUGUCUCUCGAGUGCCUCGUAAGCUUUUGCAGCUCCAAGAGCUGUGCGUUUCAGUUUCCAUCAUUAGAGAAAUUUGUGGUGAGUGCUUGUCCCGAAUUGAAAAGUUUCUCCGAAGAAAAACACAUGAAACCGCCGCCCAAGUUGGGAAAAGUAUAUGUUGUCCAUGAAAAAGAGAAGGUGGAAGCGUACUGGACAAACAAUUUACAAGAAACAAUACGAGAUAUAUUCAACAAAAAGAUAUUUUUCAAAGGCAUGGAGGAAUUAAGUGUUUCUGAUGAUCUUGCUCAUCUACAACAACUAUGGCAAUGCAAAGAAGAACGCCCACAAGGAGAAUUGUUUAACAAUUUGAAAACUUUGAAGCUGAGUGGUUGUGAGUUCGAACCAUACGCAAUUCCAUCAAAUGUUCUUUUUAGUUUCAAGAACCUAAAAGAAUUGGAAGUGGAUAGCUGCGAAAAAAUAACAGGAAUUUUUGAAAUGAAUGAUACUGAGAUCAAGGAAACAUCGUUCCAACUGAAGAAGCUAACUUUGAAAUGGCUUCCAAAUGUGACACAUGUGUGGAACCCGGAAAAACAAGGAAUUCUCAGCUUCAAAAGUCUACAGAUAGUGACUGUCGAAUUCUGUGAGGAUUUGAGAACUCUAUUUCCUAUAGCCUUGGCCAGAGAUCUUAAGAAGCUUGAGGAACUUGAUGUUACAGAUUGUGAUGAAUUAUCCAAUAUUAUAGAAGCUGGAACUGUUGAUGAAGAUCUUGUGUUUCCUUGUUUAACCACAUUGGCAUUGUGCUAUUUGCCAAAUCUUACUGGCUUUUGCUCUCAGAAGUUCACUCUGGAAUGCCGUGAGUUAAAUUGCUUAAAGGUAUUUAAUUGCAACGAUCAACUGGAGCUAUUUCAGAGCCAACGAGAGGAAAACCAAAACAGCACUUCAACCGCUAAGCAACUACUUUUCACGAAUAUAAAGGAUAUUUCCAAGAUGGAAAAUUUGACUCUGAAUUGGAGACACACUCAAGCUUUAAGUUCAUGGUUGACAAAAUUGAAUAAGGAAAAUCUUGAGAGUUUGAAUGAACUUUACCUUCUUGAUGAUGAUGAGAAAAGGAACUCUAAUGUGCCAGUUAAAUUAUUUGAGAAGACACCCAACUUGGAAACACUGCAAGUAAGCUGUUACUGUGAUGAAACCCUCAAAAAUAUAUUGCCCUCCCAUGAUAAUGCUAAUAAUAAGGAGAUUCUUAGAAACUUGAAAGAAUUGAACCUAUCCAACUUAAAUGAGUUGAAAUCCAUGAGUGGGGUAGAAUACUUGUCAAAGCAGCUGCGUCUAUUACAUGUUUAUUAUUGUUCAAAAUUGACAACAAUAGUGCUACAAUCUUCCUCCUUUCUAAAAGAACUGCACAUAAUAUCAUGUGAUGCAAUGCUGCGUCUAUUCACAUCUUCAACAGCGAAAAUGCUAAUACACCUUGAGGAGUUGCAAGUUCAGAGUUGUGAUUCAUUGAAAGAAAUCGUGGGGGAAGAACAGCAGAGUGCAACGGAAGACCAAGUUAUUGAAUUUAAGCAGCUACAGAGGAUUACCCUUGGAUAUUUGGAAAGCCUGGAAUGCUUUUAUUCAGGGAAUGCCACUUUGAAGUUACCCUCUCUCAUUCAACUGGACAUAGUGAAUUGCUACAAGAUGAAAGUUUUCUCUCAUGGAAAUGUCAGCGUUUCUGGAAGGAUUCAAGUUUCUUACAACUCCAGUGAUGAUUUGGUCUUCCACCGUGAUCUUAAUAAUGCCGCUGUGGUAGUAUUGCAGUCUCUAAGUCAGGAGUAUCUUGAUCUUGACGAUCACCCAGAGCUAAAAGAUAUAUGGCUUGAUAAAGUGCAUAUCCCAGCUGAGUCCUACCCCUCUGGUUUCAAUUUGGAAUGUCUAGUGGUGGAUGAGUGUGAUGAAUUCUUUACAAUCGCAAUACUACCUUCUCAUUUACUUCCCUUCUUAAGUAGAUUACAAGUGUUGAAGGUGCGGAGAUGCAGUUCUGUUGAAGCCAUAUUUAAAGUCAAAGAUAUACCAACAGAUAUUGUUAUUCCUUUAAAGAAAUUGACUUUGCAAAAACUUCCAAAUCUGAGGCAUGUUUGGAAUAAGGAUUCUGAAGGAAAGCUCAGUCUUCCCAAACUGGAGGAGGUUAUUGUUGAUGAAUGUGAAAGCAUAAAAUCGGUGUUCCCAGAAUCAGUUGGCAAGGGUAACAUACAAAGGUUAGAAGUGAAGAAUUGUGCAGAGUUAGUUGAAAUUGUCGCUGGAGAUGAUGUAGCCAAACAGGUUAGCAUCUUCUCCACGCUAUCUUGUCUGAAGCUGUGGAAUUUGCCAAAUUUGGAGUGUCCAUUACUACUAUCGCAUUUGCUACCUUCCCUUCAUAAAUUACAAGAGUUGGUGGUUGGAAAUUGUGGUUCCUUGAAGACUAUAUUUUAUUUGAAAGAUGCACCCACAAAUAAAGAAGAUACAAACAUGAUUACUGUUAUUCCUUUGAAGAAAUUGACUUUGGAGAAACUUCCAACUUUGAGCCAUGUUUGGAACAAGCAUCCUAAUGGAAAGCUCAGUCUUCCAAAAUUAGAGGAGGUUAUUGUUGACGAAUGUGAAAGCUUAAAAUCCUUGUUCCCAGAAUCAGUUAACAUACAGAGGUUAGAAGUGAAGAAUUGUGAGAAGUUAGUUGAAGUUGUCACAAGAGAUGAACUAGUCAAAGAAGAAGAUGCAGAUAAACAGGUUAGUAUCUUCUCCAAGCUAUCUUCUCUGAAGCUAUGGAAUUUGCCAAAUCUGAGCUACAUUUUUCGUGGAAUGGAAGACUCUGAAUUUUCAUUAUCAAAUGCAUUACUACCAUUGCAUUUGCUACCUUCCCUUCAUAAAUUGGAAGAGCUGGUGGUUGGAAAUUGCGGUUCCUUUGAGACAAUAUUUGAUGUGAAAGAUGCUCCAACAAAUGAAGAAGAUACAAACAUGAUUACUGUUAUUCCUUUGAAGGUAUUGACUUUGGAACAUUUGCCAACUCUAAACCAUAUUUGGAACAAGGAUCCUAAAAGAAGUAGUCUCAGCUUUUCAUUUCUGGAGGAAGUGGUUGUGAAUGGAUGUAAAAGCCUCACAAGCUUGUUGCCAGCAUCAUUGCUCAUGUCUAACAUGAAAAAGAUAGAAGUGAAAAACUGUGAGGAAUUAGUUGAAAUUGUUACAAAAGAUGAAGCAAACAAUGAAGAAACAAACAAGGAGCUUAUUAUGUUCCCUGAGCUAAUUUUAUUGACUUUGCACAAUUUGCCAAAUCUUACAUACAUUUAUGGUGGAAUGCAAAUUCUAAAUUUGCCCGAGUUAAGAGAGUUGGAUAUUUCUCAUGUUAAAUUUGCAAAAGAUUCCACUGCAAAGGUUGUUACCCCUCACUUAGAGUGGCUGUCAAUAGACAAGGAAGGUGUGAUGAUGCUUGACAAAGAACUGCUUCAUUUGGAGCCCCAAAACAUAAAAUAUCUGACAUUGCAAGGCUUUAAUGAUAUUCAUGACUCAGAUACCGGAUCUGUCUUUGAUUUCUUUCCAAAGGUUCCACUUCCCAAUAUUCUGAUUCUUGGAGUCGCUGACAGUGCUUUCAAAGAAAUAUUCCCCUCACAAAAGCCUGAGAUUAUUCAUUCACAGUCACAACUGCUUAUUAGCAAAUUAGAACUGAGGAAUCUGCACAAGCUUGAAUCCAUUGGGUUACAGCACACCUGGGUGGCCUCCUCUGAUCUCGCAUGGCUGGAAGUUGAGGGUUGUGCAUCUUUGAAGUAUUUGUUCACUUCUUCAGUCGCCAAAUGUCUUGUUCAACUUGAACAGUUGCACAUAUCCAACUGUGAAGCACUCGAAAGUUUAAUGCUGGAUUUUCAACCACAUGAUGAUGGUGAUCAUGAUGUCAUCAUAUUCGAAAAGCUUGAGAAACUGUCUCUUAGCCAAAUACCAAAACUUGAGAGCUUCUACAAAGGAAACUCAACUUUGAAUUUUCCAUCUUUGAAGGAAGUUGAAGUCACUGAAUGCAACAAAUUGGAGUAUAUGUUCACAUUCUCAACAGCCAAAAGCUUGGAAAAUUUGCAUAAGAUGAAGAUUUCCAAAUGUGAGUCAUUGGAAACAUUUUUUCACCGGAAACACAUCAACUUUGAAUCUCCCAAGGCAUUGGUUUGA